CCAAAAGUCACUGCUAUCCUCACAAUGGCUCGCGAAGGACUCAUCUACCUCAUCACCGGCGCUUCUCGUGGCAUUGGUCGCUCCCUAACGGCGCUGCUGCUCAGUCGCCCCAACAACACUGUCAUUGCCGCGGUUCGAAAGAUCGAUGACGACAACGCCAAGGCUUUGAAUGCUCUUCCCAGAGAGAGUGGUUCCAAGAUCAUUCUCGUCAAGCUAGAUGGCGUUGUUGAAAGCGAUGCCCACGCGGCAGUCGACACACUCAUCAAAGCACACCACAUCGAGCACAUCGACGUGGUCAUUGCCAAUGCUGGUGUCAACGACUCGCUACCUUCAGUCAACGAGACGACGCCCGACAACAUUCGCCGCACGCUCGACAUCAACGUCUAUGCACCUCUGACGCUCUUUCAGGCCACUCGCUCGCUUCUCAAGGCUUCCCCCAGCGUGCCGAAAUUUGUCAUCAUCUCUUCUAUUGCUGGUUCGCUCGACUACAUCAGUAAGAGCCCGCUGAGCAACCUCAGCUACAGCGUUAGCAAGGCGGCUGUCAAUGUUCUGGGCGUUCGAAUCGCUGCCGAGGAGAGCGACAUCACUACACUGCUCCUUCACCCGGGCCUGGUGGAGACAGACAUGGUGCACGAAUUUAUAGAGAGACAUCCGAGCUUGAAACUAGAGCUUAGCAAGAUGGACGCCCUCAAGGUCGACGACAGUUCGGCAAACAUUGUCAAGGUCAUUGAUGGGGCCAAGAAGGACGAUUCUGGCCGAUUCGUAGACGCAACUACCGGCGAGAACAUCCCUUGGUGAUCGUACAGCUCGUUGGAUGUCGUGUUCUUGCUCUGUAGAUUUUUUUUCUUUGUGAAGUGAAUGAGUUGACGGACAUGUGACUCAUC